GGGGCUGGCCGGGGCUGGCCGGGGGUGACCGGGGGUGACCGGGACCGGCCGGGGGUGACCGGGAGCGGCCGGGGCUGUCCGGGGCCGUCCCCACCGCCCAGCCCCAGCGUGAUGCUGGUCGCCGGCUCGCCGUGCAGCCCCGCGGGGCCGGAGGAGCACCGGGGCUGCGGGGCCCGCCGGGGCGGCCAGGAAAGAGGAAUCGAGGCUACCCGGGCGCUGGCGAGGGGCCCCAGCACCUUCAUUCCCCUGGGAGAGGUCCCUCAGGAAGGCGGGGAGAGCAGCCUGCACCAGCUCCUCGAGGCCUUUGUCUCGGCAGGCAGGGUGGACCACGUCGCCAUGGUCAUGGGGCUGCACCCCCAGUACCUCAGCAGCUUCUGGAAGACCCAGUACCUCCUGCUGCGCAUGGACGGGCCCCUGCCCUACCACAAGCGCCACUACAUCGCCAUCAUGGCAGCAGCCCGGCACCGGUGCUCCUACCUGGUGGGGUUGCACAUGGGGGAGUUCCUGCAGGUGGGGGGCAACCCUGCAUGGCUGCGGGGGCUGCACUGCGCCCCCCAAAAACUCCGGAACCUCAAUGAGAUCAACAAGCUGCUGGCGCACCGGCCCUGGCUCAUCACCAAGGAGCACAUCGAGGCUCUGCUGAGGCCGGGGCAGGACAGCUGGUCACUGGCGGAGCUGGUGCAGGCGCUGGUGCUCCUCACCCACUACCACUCGCUCGCAUCCUUUGUCUUCGGCUGCGGCAUCAAACCCGAGGAGGACCAGGACGUGGGGAGCAGCUGCUGGACCCCCUCACCCCACAGCCACAGCAGCCCUGCCUCUGGGGACAGCAUGGGGGGCUCUGGGGACACAGAUGCCGUGCAGGAGGUGGAGGUGCUGAUGGAGAGGAUGAAGCUGCUGCAGGAAAACCAGCUGGAGGAGGAAGGAGUCACACAGGAGGAGAUGGCGACGCGCUUCGAGCUGGAGAAGACAGAAAGUUUGCUGGUCCCUUCCUCAGAUGCUUUGGAUCCCUCCCUGCAGUCCAACAUCCGCUGCUUCCUGGAGGACCCUGAAUUCGGAUACAAGGACUUCACGCGGAGGGGGGAGCAGGCCCCCCCCACUUUCCGUGCACAGGAUUACACCUGGGAGGACCACGGCUACUCGCUGAUCAACCGCCUGUACCCAGACGUGGGGCAGCUCCUGGAUGAGAAGUUCCAGGUGGUUUACAACCUGACCUACAACACCAUUGCCAUGCACUGUGGCGUGGACACCUCUGUGCUGCGCCGAGCCAUCUGGAACUACGUGCACUGCGUCUUCGGCAUCCGCUAUGACGACUACGACUACGGGGAGGUGAACCAGCUCCUGGAGCGCAACCUAAAGGUCUACAUCAAGACAGUGGCUUGCUACCCGGAGAGGACCACCAGGCAGAUCUACGCGCAGUUCUGGAGGCACUUCAAGCACUCGGAGAAGGUGCACAUCAACCUGCUGCUGCUGGAGGCGCGCAUGCAGGCGGCUCUGCUCUACGCCCUCAGGGCUGUCACCCGCUACAUGACCUGAGCUGCUCUGCUCCUGCCCUGCCCUGGCUCUGCAGGAGAGGCCGGGGCGCUGCUGGAGCCCUGGAAGUUCAUCUGGAGUAUUGUCUCCCUGCUUCACGGGCUUAGAGCUGUGGAAGUGAAGUGGGAGCUUCCCUGCGCUUUCUCCCAGGAGGGGCAAGCCCCCAGGAAGGUGUCGGUGCUGGGAAGACCCCCAAGUGCUGCCCUGGGCUCGACAGAGCUGCGAGUGCUCUCCUGCUCCGUGCUGGCCCCAGUGAAGCCAGACAGGGAUGUGUGUGGCUGCAGUGCUGGUGUCACACCCCUGUGACGUGUCCUGGCACCGAAGAGGACUGUCCCCCUGCCAGAGAUGGCCAGAGGGUAUCACAGGCUUCAUCCCUGCAUUUUGGGUCCUGCUGUGCUGGGAGACAGCUGCUGGUGGGGGUGCUGCCCAGGCACCCCCUCCCCACCUUUCUGCCUCAUCCCCUGCAGUCUGGGAUGUGAAGUGCCUUUAACCUAAGUGCCAGGGCAGGAGCAGGGAAAGCAUAGGAAUACUUGAGUGUGUUUUACACGUUUUUGCAUUGUUUUCCAGCCACUGGUGCAUCUCCACUGCCUCAGCUUCAGGGGACAUGAGGCUCCCUCAGCCCCUCUGCUGCUGUGCGGGUGGCAGGGUGGGAUGGGCUGGCCAUGGCUUUAUCCAGACAUGCCAGAGCAUUCCCAGCAGCACAUGGAGGUGCCUGUUGGGGAGCAGGAUCCAGCACCGUUGCCACUCUUGGUUUGGCUGUUGAGUGAUCACUCCAGUUAAGUUAUUUCUAAUUUUUUUAAAUAUAUAUAUUAACUCCUGACUAGGCAUGGAAAUGCCUCUGUAACUUUGCUAUUAAUCUUGUUUGAAAAAAUAAAAUAAUUAUUUUUAAA